GGGAGGCCUUCCUCAGCCUUACAAAGAAUUAUUUGGCUCUUUCUAUGAGUACACUCUAAAUAGGGCGAAUGGGGGUCCCUUAUAAGAGGGAGCUGGGAAUCCGCUGUGAGCACCUUUUACAUGAACUGGUCAGAGCCGUUCUAGUGCUAGAGCUCUGAUGACACUUGUCUCUCACAAUGGCCUCUCAGAUCGAAAGAAACACUAUUUAUCUCACCGAGGAAGAAGCGGAGCGCAUCCGGAACACCGUCAAAAAUCGACUAAAGAAAUGUUCCGAACUUGUAGGUCAUGCUCGGGAACCAAGAGACUUGAAAGCCGCAAUCAGCCGAGCAACUGGUGCGUCUCUAAUGGCAGAUAUGGGAGGUGCACCGGACCCGGAGAUGACGCGGACGAAAGGUUGGGGAGGUACGUUGCCAGUUGUUGCUGUAGGGCAGCCGUACCCGCCAUGCAUCAUCGCCCUCCAAGACUUACAACCGGUGACACUUGGAGAUCUCCAAAUGGAGACUCAUCAUCGUGGCCGUCGGCUCACUGUCAAGCGUGCGAGUCCGGUAGUCACUCUUGCCGCCAGGUCAUGGACAAUGGUGAAAGACGAAGUGGGAGAUGAGAUGGAGCGCUUAGAGGUGUGUCUGCACAAGUCAAGGCACGACGAGGACGUACUAGAAUCGGCAUCCGUUUUCGUAAUCAAGGAGCCCUAUUUCACUCUCACCGAUCAAGGAGAAGCUACCAUUCGGAUCGACCAUCCUUCAGAUCUAAUUGUCUGUAGGGAUGAGAUAAUUGCCAAUACAGCAGAGAAAGUCGCGAGUACGUGUAAAGACAGGGGCAAUGCCGCGCUGAAACAACAAGAUCUUUGGCUAGCUCACGCAAAAUAUACUGAAGGCCUAAAGGUCGCUCGGCAAGAGAUUGUGUCCAAUACCAAUCCCGACCUGGCCCGAGAUAUCUCUCGCAAUCGCGCUCACGUCAAUCUCAUUCUGAAUCAACUUGAUGAAGCAAAGACUGAUGCGAAAGCCUCCCUUACUGGCAGACAAGACCAGCGAUCUAAGGAUCUCGACAGCAAAGCCUAUUUCCGUGCCGGUUGCGCUGCAUACAAUCUCGGCGAAUAUCAGGAGGCUAAGGGCUUCUUUGAAGAGCAACAGAAGCUUACGCCUGGCGACAAAGACGCAAGUACCAAUCUGCGAAAGAUUAGGAUGCGCCUCCAUGAGCAAGAGACAGGAAUAUAUGAUUGGGAGAAAAUUAGGGAUGGCCUGUCUCGAGCACGUCCGCGGGUUGAUGCCGCAAGUUUCAUCAACAACACCAAUGUCAGAGAUAGCCCAGGACGAGGCCGUGGCCUAUUUGCAUCCCGCGAUAUACCUGCGGAGGGGAUAAUCAUGUGUGAAAAAGCUUUCUGCGUAGUUUGGGGCCAUGAAAGCGAGGCUUUGACGGCGAUGACAUACGACCUGCGCGACGACAGAAUCAGAGUGUCCCCGGUUGGCUUGAGCAAGUCGACAGUACAGAAGCUUCUCAGCAAUUCUUCUCAGAUCGAAAGAGUCAUGGAUCUCUACGGAGAUUAUCAAGGAGACGGCAAAAAUGUGUCCUGGACUGAAGAUGGCCCCGUCGUCGAUACCUUUCGAGUCCAUGACAUCAUAUCUCGUAACACCUUUGGUCCAGGCAGCCAGUAUGGCGAAGAAGGCGCAACGAACGCGAGUACCGGCCUCUGGAUCUGGUCCGCUUACAUUAAUCACUCUUGCAUUGCCAAUGCUAAGAAAGAAUGCAUUGGCGACCUAAUGGUGCUCCGCGCCAUUCGACCCAUCGCCGCCGGCGAAGAGAUUUUCCACAGUUACGACGAGUCGAGCGAUUAUGACGCAAGGCAGACUGCUUUAAUGAACACUUGGGGUUUCCAAUGUAACUGUACGCGCUGCGAUGCGGAAAAGGCCGACGAUCCAGCCGUGCGGAAGAAGCGACGAGAGCUGGUGAGCGAGGCAGAUGCCUUUGUGAAAAGGGAGAAUUGGGCCAAUGCAAAGAGACUCACGAUCGCCAAAGCUCAGCGCCUUGCGCGGGCUAUUAAUGAUACGUACGAUAGCGAGAGAUAUAAGGGUGUGCCUCGCGUCGCGAUACAAAGGAUCCAGGAGUGGCUUGCCAAAGCGAGCCCGCAUUUUUCGAGUGCGUAA